CAGCCUCUCAGCUCUAUCAUAUCCUUCUUUGUUAGAAUUUUCAAGCUGCAGGAAUGAACCAUAGUCGGAUACUUGCGAAGAAGCUUAGCGAUGACCACCGGAGAAACCCAUAAAAUCAGGCAAUAGGGGCCAUACAGAUGAUAAAGAAAUCAAGAGAUAGGGGUAGAAUGUUCUAGAAUGGUCAUGUGAUGUCACGGGACCACUAAUGUCGCACUUUAAAAAAAAUGUUCUGACGUACGUCUUUGUUUUUUACGAUUUUAAAGGUCGGGUAAUUCAUUUUUUUAUGUUUAAUUACAUAUCGAGAGACUGAAUGGUAAUAAAAUGCUUUAAAUCGUGUUAUUUUUGCUUACAAUCGUGCUUAUUUCCCCCUCAAACGAAAAGAAAAAGAGAACCCAGGCACGUGAAGGGUAUUGACCAAUCGGAGGCCGAGCUCCGAGCAGAAGGGUAUAAAUAGCGGGCAUGUUGCCGUGGGAGACGUCCGCCAUUGAAGACUGGUGUUUGGGAAAAGUCGAAAUAUUUGUUUUUAGAAAUUUGUUUCAAACCAUUUAAGUAAAGUGUGUAUCCGGACGAAACAGUCGUUCAGGAGCCUGCUUUUGGUCAUCUUUUCCAGCAGAACUUCCGGCACUGUUAAAAAAUCUUUGUUGUGCCAGUGACUGAAAGUGGCAGAGGAUGUGUUAUGAAUGCUGAGCUGACCAGACAGCUUCUGAACAUCUCUGCGCACGUCUGUCUUCAGAGCAAAACCGAUCAUGUCGGAACCGGUGCUCAGCAUGAACAGGAACCCCCCUCCCCCUGAGUACAAGAACCAUAGAAAACCAGGGCGCCUCACCAACCAACUCCAGUACCUAGACAAAGUGGUGGUCAAAGCCAUGUGGAGGCAUAAUUUCUCCUGGCCCUUCAGGCACCCUGUGGAUGCUGUUCAGCUCAACCUGCCUGAUUAUUAUACAAUUAUCAAAAAUCCAAUGGACUUGAACACCAUCAAAAAGCGUCUUGAAAAUAAUUACUACUGGAAGGCUAUGGAAUGUGUUGAAGACUUCAACACCAUGUUUACAAACUGUUAUGUAUAUAAUCAGCCAGGGGAUGAUAUAGUUUUGAUGGCUCAAGCCCUUGAGAAGUUGUUCCUAGAGAAAGUAGCUGAGAUGCCACAGGAUGAAUUUGAGAUCACAGCAGUUACCAACAAGGCACCUCUGAAGGGGAGAAGGAUGCCUCCUCCAGGAUUUGGGAAAAUGCGGCCUCAAUCCCCAGUAUCUGAGGUUGUAUUUCAACAGACAGUGACCGUCAUCCCUCCUGAGGCACUGCACACGAUUUCAUCCGCACCCCUGUCAGCUCAGCUUGAAGCCAAACUAAAGACGGGGGUAAAAAGAAAGGCAGACACCACAACCCCUACCGCCCCUGUCCUUACCAUCAGUGAGUCAUCUCCAUGUAUCUCCGAGCCGAAGGUGCUGAAGUUGUACUCGCGUCGAGGCAGCGGCAGACCCAUCAAACCGCCACGUAAAGAUCUGCCUGAUUCUCCACAGCAGCACCAGGUGGGGCGCAGGGUCAAGCUCCCCGAAAGGGUUAAAUACUGUAGCGGCAUUUUGAAGGAGAUGUUCACCAAGAGGCACGCUGCCUACGCCUGGCCCUUCUAUGAGCCUGUGGAUGCUGUGGCUCUCGGCCUGCAUGACUAUCACGACAUCAUCCAUCAGCCCAUGGAUUUGGGCACUAUUAAAAAAAAGAUGGACAAUCGUGAAUACACAGACGCCUUGCAGUUUGCUGCAGAUGUUCGUCUUAUGUUCUCAAAUUGUUACAAAUACAACCCACCGAACCAUGAGGUUGUGUCCAUGGCCAGAAAACUUCAGGAGGUUUUUGAGUCCCGCUUUGCCAAGAUUCCAGAUGAGCCAAAACCUGUCUCUCCUAGCCAGCACCAGGUAUCCAAAAGGGGGAAAAACGAGCGAGCAGAAAGUCCGUCCAACUCUGAGAGCAGUGGCUCAGACUCUUCUAUGUCAGAAAGCUCGUCUGACUCCGAGGAAGAUGAAGAAAAACGAGCACAAAGGUUGUCCAUUCUGGAGGAACAGCUGAAGGCGGUACGGGAGCAGCUUCAAAUAUUGACCCAAACACCUUUGCUGAAGCAAAAGAAAAAAGAGAAGUCAAAGAAGGCGAAAAGGAAAAGAGAAAAGCGAAAGAGUGGUGAAGUGCAAAAACCAGCUCCAGAAAAAGUGCACAGGAGGCAGAGUAGCAGCAAGUCCUCAGGGAAGAAUAUGGAGAGCAAAGGCUACGAGUCCGAAGAAGAGCUCAUACUGCCAAUGUCCUACGAGGAGAAGCGACGUUUGAGUCUGGACAUCAACAAACUUCCGGGAGACAAAUUGGGCAAAGUGGUACACAUCAUCAAGGCCAGAGAGCCUAUGCUUAGAGACACCGAUCCCGAAGAGAUCGAGAUUGACUUUGAGACACUCAAACCAACCACACUUCGAGCUCUUGAGGCGUUUGUCUUGACCUGCCUCAGAAAGAAGCCUAAGGGGCCUGCUCAAAAUCCCCCAAAACCCAAAGGUGAGAAGACUAAGGAAUUGGGGAAACAGAAUGGCAGCGAUGAGCUCAACUUGACCAAGAGGACCAAGGCAAAGAGUGAACUGGUGACAACAGAGUCUAAGGAGUUGGCGCACUCGUCCCGACUUAGUGAGAGCAGCAGUUCCUCCACUUCUGACAGCAGUAGUUCUGACUCUAGUUCUUCUGAUAGCAGUGACUCUGACUCAGAGCGGAAAACUGCGAAGAAAAACAAAGGUCAUGGGACCAAAAUUAAAAACAAGGCGUUGAAGAAGAGCAUUUCCCUUGAGAUGAAGGAGUCCUCCAAAGACCCGUCUGAGCAGGCCACCAAGCCACCUGCAGAGGAGGCCAAAGCGCCACCAGCCCAGCACAACCAGCUACCUCCUCAGCCUUCCAGACCCAGUGCCAAAGCCACUCCUCUAGUUCGAAAGACCUGGAUGAAUCUGUCCUCUGAGCAGAACACCUCAGCUCCCACUACUGCCCUUCCUGCCACAGACAUCUCCACUGCCUUUCCCUCCUCCCCACAUACCCUCACAACAACGCUACCCAAAAAGUCUCCACCCACAGCCUGCCCACAUUCACCUGCUUCACCCAGUUGGCCCAAGAGUCCACAGAGUUCCUUCACUGCCCACAGUUCCCCAGCAUUUGCUGCUCCCACAGACCCAACAUGUCCCCUCCCAGCUGCUUCCACCGUAUAUUCUCAGCUUAAGGAUCAGCAGAAAGGUUUCCCUGCUCUUCUUUCUCCACUGUCCUCUCCUCCUGGACUACCCACUGCAAACUCUGCAGCAUCUGUGGCAAGACACCAGCCCAUCGUCAAGCAGGAGCAGUGUCCCAGUUUGUCCACCCCUCUGGCACAUAUGAGAGAAGAUAAGGGGGACCCAGGAGUUCUGGGAGAGUCCUGUAUUCAGCUGCUCACAAUGCCUGGGACUAAAUCUGCAGAAGAUGAUGACCUUCACAAAUCCAGCCUAGACCACAAGCCUGGCAUGACUAAAACGGAAAUCAUUCUAAAGCAUGCAGACUCCUGGACAAGCCUGGGCAAGAUGGCCUCUCUCGCUCCUGCAGCCAUCCGGUCAUCCAAGGAGAGUUUCCAACAAUUUCGCAAAGCUGCCAUGGAGAAGGAGGAGCGAGAAAAGGCACGUAAGCUCCAGCUGGAGGCUGGCCGAGAGAGGAGCAGCUCAGACAAAAGCAGCCUGACACCGCAGCCUUCUAAGACCAAACCAGAGAGCCAAGUCUCUAGGACAGAGCUCGAGUCUGCAGAGCUUCCCAUUAUGGCAGCAAUCUUAGACCAACCCAAAACACCUGAACCUACUACUCCUUCCCUGUGCUCUAUGGACCGUGAAAGAGAGAUGGCUCGCAAGAGAGAGCAGGAGAGACGUAGACGGGAAGCCAUGUCUGGAACCUUUGACAUGACCAUGCAGCAUGACAUCAUGGCCACAUUUGAGAAGAACCUCGACUGAAAUGACAAAAAAAAAAAAAAAAAAAAAACUUUGUUUAAAAAAUACGCUACUGUUGUGUGAAAUGAGUAGCUGGUCUCCUUCACUUCCUAACAAACUCCUUGAGUCCUGGUGACUGAAACGGGUUCUAGCAACUCACUGAUGUGGGGUUGUGUCACUUUACUUUAACACAUUUAUACUGAAGUGGUUGAGGUGAAGGUUAAACAACAAAAAACUAAUACUGUACAGUUGAGCAUACCAAGCAAUAUGCUGUUUAUGUAUCGCCUUAAUAUAAUUAUUAAAUAUUUGGAUGUUUGUUUAAUUUACAUUAUUGAAGUACACACGUUGUCACUUCCUCCUUUUGUGAAGGGCAGUAAAAUAGUGAUUUGCACUUCAACAACUGAGAAUGUUUGAAUUUACAGUCUGUUCUUUCCCCUUUAUUUUGUGCUGAAAGUGGUGUCCCUUUGUUGCUUUUGUAUUCUAAGAUGUAAUUAAACAGGUCUUCUUGCACUGAUUGUUAUUGAAACUCUGUUAAGUCUAAGUGAAAAAGUGUGCUUUGAUUUCUGUAUUUAUUGUUGUUAAAAAAUAAUUGUAUGUGAAAAGCAUUCCAUUGUUAGUUUUUGUAACAUGUAACCGUAUAGCUGCAACAUGCUGUUGCAUAUUUUAUUUUUUUUUAUUUAUUUUUUUUCCCCCUACCCUCAUUAUAUUGCAAUGGUAAGAUGCAUCUGUCAAAUCCCUACAAGUUGUAAGUAUAUUCUUUGGCAGUAUUCACUGAUGUUUCUAAUUGUAGCAUGAAGGCUGAACGAAAGUAAAUUGUGAUUUGUGACCGCAAUAUGAACAUGGUAAAAAGAACUUUUGUGGUAAUAGUUGCAAAGUUUAAAUCAAUUGCGUACAAGUCUGCUUAUCAGAUUUAUGAUUCAUAAAUUCUCUAAUUGUUGUUUAUUUAAUCAUAAUAGACCUCAGUGACCCCAUGUUCAAUUUAAAUCAGUAUUCUGUUUGUCCUAAAAGUAAUAUGCAUAUAAAAUGUGCCCUGUGCAUCAGUAAUAUAAUUGUUAUUGUAUGUCAUUCUGUGAUGAGCAGUAUAUAUAUAUUUUGAUUAUUGAGGAUUUAACUGAACUGUAUUGCCACCGUGCCAUUCCAUUUAACUUGCCUCAGAAAACACAAAAGAAACCCAGCGUCAACUGUUCAGGUAUUUGAAAACAGUCACUAGUAAUUCAGUACUAGGAGGGCCAGUAUAAGUUUUAUGGUCAGUGUUUAUUCAAAGUGUUGCUGUGGUUUGUUGCAAAUGCAGUUUUGUUUUGUCUCAUUGAUGCUUGUGGCUAUCCCUCAUCAGUUGACUUUCUUUACAUCACUCGAGCACUUUACUCAGCAUCCUGGUAGAACCGAUGUGGAAUAAAUAAAAAAAAUAUGGGAUUAUUUCACGUUGACCAUAUUCUAGUCAAAUAAAAAUAAAUAUUUUGAUGUAAAUGUGUU